AGCAGGAGCAAGGAGAGGGCAGAAAGCGGAGAGAUCGGUCUCGGUUUUAUUAUGCUCAAUUUGAUCAGUAUUUGUCAAUAUAACCGGUUGGACUCAUGGUGAAGAGAAAGAAGACGUCGCCUACUAGCGAAGAGCACGAAAAUGGCAUGACACUGGGCUCCAGGGAGGGGAUCGGUGUCGAUGGGAGGAGGAAUCCGUCCAGAAAGCCCGAAGGUUGCGACGAGGAGGAAAGCGGAGAGCAGGCGAGCGAGGAGCGCAGUACAAAGGGAGACGACGGAGUGGAAAUUCUUAAUCCAUCAACCACGGGUCUCAGCCCCGGUUCAGCUCCGGUUCUCCCCGCCUCUCCGCCGAACCGAGCCGGGCUUGGCUCAACCCAGCAUUCCCAGACCUUAACUGAGUCCGCCCCUCCGUGUCACGACCAGCAUCAUUUUCUCCGAUCAAGCGUUCGACCUCCGAGUAAACGGAUCCGGAAGGAUUCAAUCGGCUCGACCAUCAAUGGACAUGGCGGGGCAAAAUCGAAAGGGGCAGAGAAUGGCUCUUCCUCCCAGGGGACAGUGGGACAGUCAGGGCCUGUGGCCGGCUCCACGGGGGGUGUGUCGAAGGCCUCCAAGGGCCAAGGGUCUUCUGAGAAGGAGGAGCAAGCUGGUAACCAGAAGAGAGCCCGUCGGCAGUGGGAGUCGUGGAGCACAGAGGACAAAAACAGCUUUUUUGAGGGGCUCUACGAGCACGGGAAGGAUUUUGAGGCUAUCCAGAACAACAUUGCAAUGAAGUACAAGAAAAGGGGCAAGCCAGCCAACAUGGUGAAGAACAAGGAGCAGGUUCGCCACUUUUACUACCGGACCUGGCACAAGAUCUCCAAACACAUUGACUUUGCCAAUGUGUACUCCAGAGUGCUCAAGAAAUCCUCUCAAGAGCUGUACGGCCUCAUUUGCUAUGCUGAGCUCCGCAAAAAAGUUGGAGGAUUAAUGGAUGAUAAGAACGUGACAAAGCUGAACGAACUAAUCCAGCAAGGGGCCACCACUGUGCGCUCUAAAGGGAGGAACUUGCGUAUCAAAGCACCCAUGUGCCGAGCACUGAAGAAACUCUGUGACCCAGAUGGAGUGAGUGACGAGGAGGACCAGAAGCCGGUGCGUCUACCCCUGAAGGUGGCAGUGGAGCUUCAACCACGCAGUAAUCACUCCUGGGCCCGUGUUCAGAGUCUAGCCCACAACCCUCGUCUCAGGAUGGUGGUGGAGCUUCACAGGAAAGUCUCAAGCCUCAUUGAGUAUCUGAAACAGAAGUGGGCGUACCAUGACCAGCGGAUUCUUAAGAGCCUCAGGGAGAGGGAGGCUCUGGAGGGUGGCCAGUCCGGCACAGCCUCUCCCAGCAAAUCCCAGCAGGAGGAGCUCUUUCUUUACCCAGCUGAGAGCAGCACUUUGACUACACUGCCUGGUGUGGCACGUGUCGUUCACUCCAAGGCCUCCUGCACCGUACACUGGCUAGAGAGUGGCAAGAACCGGCCUAAUGCCAAGGAAUUGCCAGCUGCUCAGAUUCUGGGUAUUCACACGGCUCCACCGCUUCGGACUGGUACUAAAUCUGGACGAGGAGGCGCCGCCACUGCUGCUGCUGUUGGUGGUCCCUCAGUGACUGUAUUGGGUGACAGUCGACGACCUGAACCCCUUAACCCUGAUCCUUCACAAGACUGUUCUACAAAGGCAGAGGAGAGGAGACCUCAGUGGGUUUCUACCCCUGCUUCUUCUACGCAGACUUUGGCUCCUAGGGAAGAGGGAACUGGGGUCGGACCCUCUGAAGGGGGAAAGACCUGCACUGGUGUGGAGGCCAAUAUUGGUUUACCAGUGGAGAAACUGUGUAGCGGUACAGAUAGCUCAUCAGAGCCGUGCAAAGACGAACAGAACGUCAGCACUUCUUCCCCAGAGGCCAACCAGACUCCCCCAGCCAGACCUCCGUUGACUGGCUCAGAGGAGGGAAUAUCGCAAGGCUCUGCACCGGCAGCCAGAGAACGGCCUGUUGAGCAGAUCAGAGGGGAGGGCUGGAGCGCCCGUGACGCAGAGAACGUCACCCUGGCUGAACUCUACUUGAUGUUUGGGAAGCCUGGCAAGCUGCAGCUGGAGUACGAGUGGCAGCCGAUUGCAGGUCCUUACAGCAAUGAAGAAAAUGGACAAGCCAUGGCACAGCUCAAGCCCAACAGGACACACCGGGUUCUGCGCUGCCUGCUCAAGCUGGUUUCCACUGAGGUCAAUCCUAAACCUUUGGCUCCAGAGCUGUGCUCUACAGCCACAUCACCACUCAAGAACCAUCCAGAGGAGCAAAACCAGGCCCUCACACCUCCAGGGAAGGUUCCCAUACCAGGUGUUCGCAGCCCCAGCUGUGGCCGGCAGCAGGCCUCCAUCCGAGGGGCCCGGUUACACCUGCCAAAUGCUGGAGUCUCAGGUGGACGCAACCUCCCCCGCUCUUUACUGGGGUCAACGGUGGGCAGCGACACAGAAAGCGGUGUGUUUGCAGUUCCCACCACACUGCCUCCCAACAGCACGCGGCACAACAGAAUGUUUUCCCCCAACAAGGAGGCUGAGCUAGCCCUCAAACAGCAGCUUGACUCCAUCAGUAUGCAGUCAGAUCUUUUCCUUUCAAGACAGAGAAAACCUCGAAACAGACAACUUCGGAAACCACUUGUAGUUCAGCGAACACUCCUACCCCGAACUACAGGAGAUACUCCUCAGCAUGUCUGCUCCUUCUCCAUCCUCUCCAACUCCUCUGCAACAGGAACUGGAUCUUUCCGGCCAAUCCACGCUCGCCUAGCUCCUUCCUCCCGCCCCCUCCUGUCCAAAACAUCCCCGGCAGCGUCCAGCUCUGCAGCGUCCAGCCAGCUCUCCAGUGCCAUUGACCUGGCAGCUAAGUCUGCAGGUAUCAUCCCUGGCAGUCCCCGUCAGGAGCCGAACUCCCCCCCUGUUGAUGACAGCACCCUGCUCGCGAACACACCCAUCGUUGAUGUUGAGCCAGACGCUCAACUCCUCCAGCACAAUGUCCCAGAGAAUGGUCAGCCUCCACCGUCUCCUGGAGUGACAGGUGGUGGGGACUCCCUCCUCUCUCCACCCAGCGUAGCCUCGCUUCUGGACAUCUCGCUCCCAGGCCCCCCUGAAGAGGCUCUGGCCCCUGGAGAUCCUCAGACACACAUCAGUGACUCCAUCAUCGAGCUCGCCAUCAACUCUGCCCACUAUGGCGAGGAGGCAGCUCUCUCUCCAGCCAAGUUGAGCAACAACGACGGCUCCAAACUGUUGGCCUCGUCUCCCUCGGUCAGCCCGUCCAGAGGAUGGAUCCCAUCACCCAGCCACGACCCCCAGUGGUACCCCAGCGACUCAUCUGACUCCACACUGGGAUGCCUCCUCUCCAGCAUGGUCUCUCCUGAUAAGGGCAAGCGGACCACCCUAACCCCCUCUGGCCCCUCCAGUGGCACGGCCUUGCUUGGUCCUAGCCUUCUGGACUGCAACUCCCAUGACUCCUUUCAGUCCCGUGGCCUUCCUGAUGUGGCAGAAAUGGACUCUCAGCUUGCUUGUAUGAUGAGUGAGAGCAGCGUCGACUACAUCGCUCGCUUCAAUGACCUGGCUCAGGAGCUGGCUGUGACCGAGCCCUCCAUCCCACCGCCAUGAGGAAGAGAGGACCUGGCUUCUAUGACCUACAGCCAUCUGGAGGACAUGAGUUUACGCUGUCUAGACUGUCGCAACGCUGUCCCCUCUACUUUGAUGAGAGGACGGCUGUGGAGAAAGACCGAACCCCCCUCCCUUAAAGCCAUCCCUGCCCUGUUUGUAAAAGUGCAAUAAUAACAGUGACCAUUGUUCAACGCGAGUUCGGAACUUGUUGGUUUCACUGAACUGUUCUUUUAAGUUGAAAUGCCCUUUAAAAACAAACACUUUAGAAAAACAAAUGCGUUUACAAAACACAACCUCAUGUACAGGAAAAUACUAUGCCAUAUCUGAACAAAAUAUUUUCACUGAU